AAUUCGUCGAGUGUCAAAUCUCCAUUCGGCAUUUUUAUAUUUUUGUGUCAGCAUAUUAUAGAAAUCUGAAGAAACAGUAGAUUAAUCCACUAACCACGAAGAAAAUGACACGAACUCGCUUGGAAACAAACUUCAUCCGCCUCUUGGAGCAAUGUAAAACAAUUGCCAACAAUGGGAAACAUACAGAAUGGAGAUUUGAGAAGUAUAUCACAACCCUUGAAGAGCAGCUGACAGAAUUAAAGAAAUCCCCAAUGCAACCACAAAAGGAUGUUCUGGAUGACUACACAAAAUCAGUUGCAUUUUUGAAAGGUCUUACAAUUACAGAAAAACUGCCUUCUGUUACAGACAAAGUUGUGGCUUCCCAGUUUCUGUCCCCUUGCUCCUCCCCAUAUGGGGACACAGUUUCAAAAGAAAUUCGGCAUAAGGUAUCUGCCCAGUAUAGCAAUCAAGUAAGGGAUGAGUUGUUGACCAAUAAACAACCUCCAACAAAUGAAAGUAUUUCAGUUGAAAAAAAUCAAGAAUUUGAGAACCCUGCAUCAACGUUAAGGCAAAGGAAAACAGAAUUGUUGAGCACCAUCAAACCGAAUGCCACUUCUACUCAUACACAAGAUUUUGAAGGAGUUAUUAGUAGUGAACAGCAAACACAGGAGGAAAUCACAAAAAAUUUACUUUCCAUGGCUAAAACCAUGAAAGAACAAACAAUGGCAGCAAAUUCAAUCAUUAGGCAAGACUUAAUCACACUUGAAAAAUCUAAUGCGCUAGCUGAAGAAAACCAGGUCAACCUCCACACUCAAACACAGAAGCUUCAAGAGAGAAGUGGAUUCUGCACCCGUUGCUGGGUCUGGUUGUUCUUGUUGCUUGUCUGCAUGUCUUUCAUAGCUAUGAUUGUCUUUAUGCGGAUGUUUAAGAAGAAGAAGACGUCCUAAGCAAAGGCCACAAAUAAUGGUAACAAAAUUUUACCCUAAUAAGUUUCUGUCUGUAUGAUGAAAACUGAGGUUCUUAUAAAAAUAUGUGAUGCACAUUUCUUGCUUUCACAUUGUUAACUUAUAC